CAUAAAAAAUAAUUAAAAUCUUGUAAAUUUUCGACAUUUUCAUUUUUUACAAAGAGGUCAAACAUCGUGGCUUAUUUGAUAAAGUCAUUAUUUUACAUUUAUUUAAAAAGAAAAUAGGUAAUAUAAAUUUCUAAUUUUUGGAAAUACAUAAUUUCCAGAUUUUUGUAUUUUUUUUUUUUUUGUUAAAAUUUUUCGGAUUAUCUUUUGUAGGUUAAAUAUGUUUAAAGAAUUUUUGGCGGGCAAAUUGUUUAACAUAGUAUUGAUUGAAUUUAAUUAUUAAAAAAUAUUAUAAUUAUAUUAUAUUUUAUUAUAAUUAUUAAUUUUAAUUUUUAUACAAUUAAUUACGUUAUUUUAUUAAAAGUUAAAAUAAACUUUACUUAAAUUUUUUUAUUCAAACAUUGGUAACAUUGUUAACAAAAUUGUUGUAAUUUAAUUUUCCACUAUUGGCAAACAUGUUAAUAGAAAAUUUUCAGUCAAUAUUUUUUAACGGAAAAAUCAACAGCUCGUUGAUUAAACAUUUAACAAAUAAAAGUGAAUAUAUCGUGAAUAUCUUCUUUAAUUUUUUUCAAAUUCAACAAAAUUCUGAUUACUGGAAUAGUGUGAUAAAAGUUUGGUGAAGUGUGUUCAAGUGAAGUGAAGUGAAGUGAAGUGAAGUGAAAUGAAAUGAAAUUAAAUGAAAUGAAGUGAAGUGAAGUGUUCAAUUUUUGUGUGAUAAAAUAUAUUUAAUUAGAAGAUCGACAACUUCAGUAAGGAUUAAAUGGUCAAGACGGAAAAAAAUCAUGGAAUGACAAAUUUCAUCGGAUAAAUGAAAAUUUUUGUCUUGGAUGACGGCAGCCAAUAAGAUGAAGGACUGAAAUUUGGCGCGAAAUAUUUCAUUGGUUACAAUUGUUGAUGAUUGAGGGAGGAAAUAAGUAAACGGAAAUGACAUUAUUAUGACUCUAGUGGUGGUUUUCUUAAAGCAGACGACGUAGCACGUGUUUACAUAUUUGAAAAUAAUAAGACUAAAAUUAUGAAAUCGAAUUUUAAUAUUAAGGAAAUAUUUUAUUGGAUUAUUCAAAAAAUAUUCAUGAAAAAAUGAAUGAAAAAUACUCGUCGAAAAGGAAAAUUAAACUUAGAUCGAAAACCACAUUCAAUUUCAGUGGCAGCAAAAUUACGUGUCGACGAAGCAGCUGGACAUAUUAAAAAUGGAAUGUUUACAAAAGCAAUUGUUUUAUAUAAUCAGGCUCUGGAACUCAGUCCAAAUGAUAAGAAUGCUUUAAUUGCACGAAGCAAGUGUUACCUUUUACUUGGAGAACCGCAGAAAGCUUUACAGGACGCCGAAGCAGCUAUUCGGGGAAAAUUAAAGGAUCCUAAAAAUGCAAGAGCAAUUUACUAUAAAGCAGAGGCUCUCUAUCAUCUUGGAGAUUUUGAACUAAGUCUUGUAUUUUAUUAUCGAGGAAUGAGAAUUCGACCCGAAUUUGAUCAAUUUCGUCUUGGCGUGCAAAAAGCAAAGGAGGCAAUUCAAAAUAUUCUCGGCAAUACAGUCAUACCACAUCCGGGAAAAAGUCAAUUAGAAUUAGAAACUUCUCAAAAAUGCUCGAGACCAAAAACUUGUAUUUCAUCAUCAAAAACAUCAUUCGCUGAAAGUAAUUCAUCUAAACAGGAAAUAUCUGAAAAGGAAUCAUCAAAACGAAUACGUCCACAGACUUCGAAAAUCAGAAAUUCAGAACCCAAUCUUCUUGGACAACUUAACGUUGAUAAGAAAUAUUUACAAAAUCUUCUGAAAUGUCCAGGGAAAAGAGAAUCAAUAAUGAAGAGAACAAUUCUAGUGGCAAAUACAUCAAAUAUGCCAGUUGCGGCACGUGAAGCAUCAAUCUACACGGGAAUUACGCUUUCGGAAUAUUUUCGCGAUAUGGGCUAUAAUGUAUCAAUGAUGGCAGAUUCAACAUCAAGAUGGGCUGAAGCACUUCGUGAAAUUAGUGGUCGUUUAGGUGAAAUGCCAGCUGAUUCUGGUUAUCCAGCUUAUCUUGGUGCAAGAUUAGCAAAUUUUUAUGAACGUGCAGGAAAAAUAAAAUGUCUUGGUAAUCCAAUGAGACAAGGUUCGGUGAGUAUUAUCGGUGCUGUUUCACCUCCAGGUGGUGAUUUUUCUGAUCCAGUAACAAGUGCAACAUUAAAUAUUGUUCAUGUAUUUUGGGGACUUGAUAAAAAAUUGGCACAACGAAAACAUUUUCCAGCUGUUAAUUGGCUUGUAAGCUAUAGUAAAUAUUUAAAAUCAUUGGAUAAUUUUUAUCAAACAAAUUUUCCUGGUUUUCAACAAUUACGAACAAAAACAUUGAAACUUUUACAAGAGGAAGAGGAAUUAAAUGAUAUUUUACAUUUAGUGGGAAGUGCAUCACUUUCAGAUAUUGAUAAAUUAAUUCUUGAAAUUAGUAAAAUUAUAAAAGAAGAUUUUCUCCAACAAAAUGGAUAUUCUCAAUAUGAUCAAUUUUGUCCUUUUUAUAAGACAUUUCGAAUGUUGAGAAAUAUUAUAUUAUUUUAUGAUUUAUCUAAGGAAACAAUGGAAAGAAAAAUAACAUGGCGAAUUAUUAGAGAAAGAAUGAGUGAAAUUAUUUAUAAAUUGAGUAAUAUGAAAUUUUUAGAUCCAAUGAAAGAUGGCGAAGAUAGAAUUAUUGAAGAAUUUGAUUAUUUAUAUGAAGAAAUUCAACAGGCGUUUAAAUUAUUUAAAUAAUAAUUUUAAUGUCAAAUAAUAAACGAAAUG